CAGAGUCUGCAGCAAUCGAGGAGUCGCGCAGAGCUCAACUUCAGAAGUGCUUUACACAUGAAAUCUACUGGCUCUCUAGCUGAUUCUGCCGUGUCGCCAUCUCAGCAGAAUUGGAUUUACAGUCAUGGAGGAACAUCAACAACAUUUACACUGUGUGAACUGUGUCAGCCGUCGUUGUAUGACCAGACCAGAGCCUGGCAUUUCCUGCGAUUUGAUUGGCUGCCCCUUGGUUUGUGGAGCAGUUUUUCACUCGUGUAAAGCUGAGGAACAUCGCAUGUUAUGUCCACUUGAAAGAGUGCCUUGUUUGAAUAGUGGCUUUGGAUGUCCCUUCAUAGUAGCCCGAAAUAAAAUUGCUGAUCAUCUAGAAGUUUGUCCCGCAAGUGUGGUGUGUUGUACCAUGGAGUGGAAUAGAUGGCCAGUCAGUUACGCAGACCGAAAAUCUUACGAAAAUCUGAGUAAGGAUGUUGAUGAAGUCGAACAGCUAGAUAUGGCUUUAGCCCUUCAAGACCAGCGCAUGUUAUUAGAAUCACUUAAAGUAGCAACUAUGAUGUCAAAAGCAGGUGAUCAAAUACCAGAAUCCAGAGAGCAAACCUCUGUCAAAUCAAGUGCCCCAGAUACGGUGCAUUCAAAUGGUUUGAUGCCUGUAGAUGAAGAGUCCUAUGGUGCACUUUAUCAAGCUACUGUAGAAACAACAAGGAGUUUAGCUGCUGCUCUGGAUAUCCUGAACACUGCUACAAGGGACAUCAAUAUGUUAAGUUCAAGGCUCUGCAUUUCACCACAUGAAAUGAAAGAAGAUACUGAGGUUAAAGAACAAGCUUCUAAUGGCAUUAUUCAGGAUAAAAAGUCUGACCAUGAGUAUCCAGAUGAAGAUAACAUAGGAGCAGCUGGGGGAAUGAACUUUGAUAGCCUGAGUCAAAAUUCACAAAUGGAGCAAAAUGGUUCUAGUGAUAUUUGUUACGAUGUAGUGCAAAACCAUGACUUAAAUCUAAACCUCAGUAAGCCCUCACUUUUGUGUAAUGGCUUUCAUGUAGAAAAUGAGUGUUCAAAGGUGUUGGACCAGAGUGAAGAUCUUGGUGUAUCUGAUUCAGAGCCAUCCAGUGUAGCAAACGGUGAAUGUACUGCAUCUCGUGAUGAUGAAGCAUUUCAGUCUUGCAGCUCCUUCCCUGUAACAGCACAACUUAAAGAAGUAAUGUCAGCUGAUCACUUAGUUAAUGGCAAUGUUAAUCAUGUACUACUUCCCCAUAAUGCUAACGAAGAAGAAAUGUUAGAGAGACAAGUGGAGCAAGAAAGAUUGAGAAACGUAGAUGCGUUCUCACUUUUACGGCAUCGAUCAUACAAAUUCCUUGUUAACCACUAUUGGUCUACACCGAAAGAAGACAAAGCUGUUGAUACGUCAGAUUUGGAGAUUACAGAAGAUCCUAUGGGUCUUCAGGGGAUUGAUCUAAUCACUGCAGCUCUGUUGUUUUGCCUAGGAGACUCUCCCGGAGGUAGGGGGAUAUCAGAAAGUCGCACUGUCGAUGUGUAUCACGUUGACUUUGGGACCCAAACAUUUUCUCUCCCAUCUGCUAUAUUGGCCACAAAUACAAUGGUGGGGGAAAUAGCUUCAGCUUCUGCAUGCGAUCAUGCCAACCCACAGCUCUCAAAUCCAAGUCCGUUCCAGACCCUUGGACUGGAUUUGGUAUUGGAAUAUGUGGCUAGAUACCAAACAAAACAGCGUUCAAUGUUUACAUUUGUUUGCGGACAGUUGUUUAGGAGGAAUGAAUUUUCAUCGCAUUUUAAGAACGUGCAUGGUGACAUUCAUGCUGGCCUUAAUGGCUGGAUGGAGCAGAGGUGUCCUUUGGCAUAUUAUGGGUGUACAUAUUCUCAACGAAGGUUUUGCCCUUCAACACAAGGGGCAAAAAUUAUUCAUGACCGCCACUUGCGGUCAUUUGGAGUUCAGCCUUGUAUAUCCACAGUAUUAGUAGAACCAGCUAAAAGCUGCUUAAUUGGACUACACAAUGACCAUCUGAGUAGUCUACCCUUUGAGGUUCUGCAGCACAUUGCUAGUUUUCUAGAUGGCUUUAGUUUAUGUCAGCUUUCAAGAGUGUCACGUUUAAUGAGAGAUGUGUGUGGAAGCUUGCUUCAAGCACGUGGAAUGGUGAUACUGCUUUGGGAGAAGAGAAAGUACCCAGAUGGAAAUUCUUCUUGGCAGAUAAAAGAAAAGGUUUGGCGCUUCAGUACAGCCUUCUGUACGGUGAAGGAGUGGAAGUUUGCGGACAUCGUAAGCAUGGCUGACCACCUGAAGAAAUGUAGCUAUAAUGCAGUAGAGAGAAGAGAGGAGGCUGUUCCGCUGCCGUGCAUGUGUGUAACACGAGAACUCACUAAAGAAGGACGUUCGCUGCGCUCUGUUUUGAAACCAGUACUUUAA